GGGACUCGUUGUCGCAAUCGUCUCAACUUACACCAACCCCACCCAAAGAUAUCUUCUUUCCCAGUCAACGAAGAUGUCCAAGUCCACAGCCGUUGUCAAGGCGUCUGACGCCGUCGCCUCUCCCGUUGACCCUAACCAGAUCACCAAGGCUUCCAAGGCCCUCCUCGCCCACAUCAAGAAGGCCACCGCCGCCUCUACUGCCGUUUCCAAGAACCUUCUCGCCGAUGAGGAGUCGACCGUUGCCGAGACCCCGAUCUGGCUUACCCUCACCACCAAGAAGCACAUCGCCGACACCAACCGUCUGCAACCCUCCAAGAUCGUCCUCCCCAACCCCCUGAACGCCGAUAACGAGUCUACCAUCUGCAUCAUCGUCGCCGACCCUCAGCGCCACUACAAGAACGUUGUUGCUUCUGAAGAGUUUCCCGAGGACCUGCGCAACCGCAUCACCCGCGUCAUCGACGUUACCCACCUCAAGGCCAAGUUCAAGACAUACGAGGCCCAGCGCCAGCUGUUCAACGACCAUGACAUCUUCCUUGCCGACGACAGAAUUGUCAACCGUCUUCCCAAGCACCUGGGCAAGACCUUCUUCAAGAGCACCGCCAAGCGCCCCGUUCCUGUUGUGUUCAUGAAGCAGAGGGAGAAGGUUGACGGCAAGCGGGUGGCCAAGCCCAAGGGUCCCAAGGCCAAGCGCGACCCCGUGGAGAAUGUCAAUGCUAGACCUACACCAGAGAUUGUGGCUGAGAUCCGCAAGGCCAUUGGCUCGGCGCUCGUUUCGCUGAGCCCCUCCACCAACACCGCCAUCAAGGUCGGCUACGCCAGCUGGGACGCCGAGAAGCUCGCGGCGAACGUCGAGAAGGUCAUUAACGAGCUUGUCGAGCGCUUCGUGCCCCACAAGUGGAGCAACGUCAGGAGUUUCUACCUCAAGGGCCCCGAGACGGCGGCCCUUCCCAUCUACCAGACCGACGAGCUCUGGCUCGACGACAGCAAGGUCAUCGCCGACGGCGCCGAGCCCGAGAAGGCCAACAUCGGCAAGAAGCGCAAGGCCGCCGAUGACGAGACUGAGGCUAAGGCCGAGGAAGGUGCUAAGGACGAGAGCAGGCCGAAGAAGAAGGCCAAGAAGGCUGCUGCUGCCGCCGCUUUGCCCGAGAGCAACGACGACAAGCUCGACAAGGAGAUUGCCACGCGGAAAGCGACAUUGAGGAAGCAGAAGGCUGCGGCGAAGAAGGCUGUUGAGGUUUAAUAUCUUUUAUUUUCUCUAAACUCUGAUCUGAAGGGACUG